AUGGGGGAUGAACCCCCGGAUAAACCUACUCCUCAAGAUGUCAUAUCCAACUCGCUCUCGCCCACUUCCAGAACACUAAUAAACUCUCUACAUCAAUUGUCACCAAUCCAACAACAUGAGAUUCAGAACCUGGUGGAAGAGCGUGAAAGGACAAAAACUGCAUUUGCUCAAGAUGUAGAAAUUCUUGAAGAGAUAAACAAACUGGAAAAAAGAGUCAAAAACACCAAAUCAAGAAGACUUAAAUAUUCAGAAACAGACUUUGGCCCGUUCAUAGUAAUAGUAGAAGCAGCUAAGCAAACUACAACCUUAUCCAGCCUGCACCCAAUGGAUAUUGGGAAGCUCCUACGAAAAUUAUCAGUACCGAAUUUCAAACAGAAAUUAAGAGAUGAAGGAUACUCCACCUUUAUCCCGCAAAGAUUGUUGACAUCUAGGGGCAUCAUAAAAAAUGUAGGAUUGUCAAUCACAAAUGAGGAUAUCAUACAAGAAGCAUAUACACAAGGGAAAAAAGUAGUUGAAGCUAGAAGACUGAACAGAAGAACCACAAAUGAAGACGGCUCAAUACAUUACGUUACAUCAAGAACCAUGCUAAUAACUUUCGAAGGACGACCUCUUCCCAAAGACCUUGAAUUAUACUGCGUUCCAGUACAAGUGGAACCCUACAUUGCUCCAGUCACUCAGUGCAAAAAUUGUCUUCGUUUCGGCCACUCUCUAAACUCUUGUCGUAGCAGCAAAAAAUGUCACAAAUGUGGCACCCUCCAUAUCCACCCUUGCACAAACAAAAUCGAAUGUUUAUACUGCUCUGGCCCACAUGAGGCAACCGAUCGCUCAUGUCAAGAAUUUUCAAGGCAAAAAAAUAUAAAUGAAGCCAUGGCGUUUCACGAUUAUUCCUACUAUGAUGCAUCAUUACUGUUCCCGUCUCUAAAAAAUCCACCUAAAGCAGCCUUCCAAAGAGCAGCUCAUUCCUUCCCAGUAAUAUAUACCCCAAAUCAGCCAUUCAAUAACGCAAUUAACAAUAGCCCCUCUCCUAGACAGUCCUAUAGCUAUACAGUAUCAUCUCCCAAGCGCAGACGUCCAACAAUUCUUGAAAAACCAAUAUCUUCUCUCUCAACUGCUCAUAAAGAUGCUCUAUUUAACUCUCCCUCCAGAACAGCAAGCCUGGGACCAGUGACACAAAGGCAACAAUAUUUAAAAAAUGUUCACACCUCUUCUUUUCGUUCUGCAACAAAUACACAACACAAUCAAGAAGACUGCGACAUGGAAGUCAUUCCAUCUGUCACCCCUUUACCUUCCGACAUAAAUGAAGCACCCAAUGCAAACUCUCUCACCCCAGAUAUCCACAAAUAUUCUUUCAAUACACUCUCAGGUGGACAAUAA